AUGGACGAAUCUGGCACAUGGCAGAGGGAAGCGGUCAGCGUGUUGUCCAGGGCGUAUGCCGUCGGCGGCAGCGGAAGAGCUGCGGGUCGUCGCCCGAACUGUGGAGACAAUGCCGACGCUGCGGCCGCCGUCUUGGACAGCCUGCCUGGCGGCGCAGGUCGUGCUGGGUACCCGGUGGUCGGACGCCUCUGGGGUGUGUUCUCGCAGAUGGGCCGGAGAUCACGACUGGAGGGUCUCAAGGACGCCAUCUCCCAGGAGCUAUUUCUCAUCACCGCCCGCGCUGUCGUGGGCUUGCCGAACGCGGAUGAAGUCGCUGACAAGGUUGCCGAGAAGGUUACUGAUAAGGUUGCUGACAAGGUCUUCAGCACGUUGUUCGCCGCGAUGGGGCACCGGAGGCAGGUCAUGCGUCAGGGAGGCCUAGAGAGCGGCGCUGCUGCAGGAUCCAGGGCCAUCGAGUACAGCCAUGUCAACGACCAAGGUGAUUGGAUUGGACGCAACGUUCUCGGGGAUGCCGAGAGGGCUACCGUGUUCGAGCUGUGA